AUGGAUCAACGUAAGGGCUGCAUGGUUGCAGCACAUCUUGAGAAGCGUAAACUUCUCAUUGCGAUCAACUCAGUUGCAGCGCUGUCCAUCUUCUUCUUUGGUUAUGACCAGGGAAUGAUGGGUGGUGUCAACAGCUCUUUCGAUUAUGUUCAGACAAUGGGGUUCGGUCAUGUUGAGAACGGAACAAUUACAGUUACCAAUACUUUACUCCAAGGUGGCAUUGUUUCAGUGUACUAUCUAGGCACUCUCAUAGGAUGCCUGUUGGGCGGAUCUUUCGGUGAUCGAUAUGGCAGAAUCUACACCAUUGCUCUUGGGUCCGUCUGGGGCCUCGUUGGAGCUACCCUGCAGACUUCAGCAAUGAAUUCAAACUGGAUGAUCUGCGCUCGCUUGGUCAAUGGUAUUGGCACCGGUAUCCUCAACGCUAUCGUUCCCGCAUGGGCAUCUGAAGUCGCCGAAUACACUACUCGUGGGAAGUUCAUCGCCAUCGAGUUCACGCUCAACAUCUUCGGUGUCGUUGUCGCUUACUGGCUUGCCUAUGGUGUUAGCUUUAUAGAUGGAGGAUGGUCACCCGUGCGCUGGAGAUUCCCUAUUGGCUUUCAGAUCAUCCCACUACUUGUUCUAUUAGGGAUCUGCUGGUUCUUUCCAGAAUCUCCUCGAUGGCUAUGCAAGGUCGACAGGGACGAUGAAGCGUUAUACAUUCUGCAGCGUCUACGAGGUACGGAAGGUGAAGAUGCAGGAAAGGCGCAGCUCGAGCUGUCAGACAUUCGAAGCAUCGUCGAGUUGGAGAAGGCAACAACACAUGGCAGUACCUAUUACCAUAUGUUCUUUGGCAUCGGGUCCGGAAAGCUUCACGUAGCCAGGAGGGUACAAUUAUGCAUAUGGCUUCAGAUUCUCCAGGAUUGGAGUGGCAUCGCAGGCAUUACCAUGUUCGGUCCGACUAUUUUUGGAAUUGCUGGUUUCACUACGGAGAAGGCUCAAUGGAUCUCAGGACUGAAUAACAUCUUUUACAUGUUUGCUACGCUAAUUUGCGUCUAUACACUGGAUCGAAUCGGGAGACGAUGGACCUUAUGGUGGGGCUCGGUAGGUCAAGCUUUGGCAAUGUUUCUCGUUGGAGGCUUUUGCAGACUUGGUCUCAACUCAACUGCCAAUGGGGAUAUUUCUGCGGCAAGCAAAUGGGGAGCUGCUGCUGCAUCUAUGGUUUACCUCUACACUUUCAUAUUCGGAGCUACCUGGUUGACUGUAAGAGCAAAGGGUAACGCUUGGGGCGUUGUGGGUUGGAGUGUGGGUAAUGGAACGUUAACACUAGUACUACCAUACAUCGUCUCCGCUAUCAACGAGAAGUUGCUUUACAUCUUUGGUGCAUGCAACCUCAUUUCCAUUCCCCAUUGGUACUUACCCAUGUGGGCAUUUUACCCCGAGUCAAACCAGCGCACACUGGAGGAGAUGGACAUGCUUUUUGCAUCUGAUUCAUUAUAG